CUUUUUAACAACUGUGCUAUUGUUUAACUGGCAUUUAACUUUUUUAUGACAGGCUUUAGAGACUGAACAGAAAUCAACUGAGGUCCUUCUCAAUAAAGAUCCUAUUCUGCCUACAGAGAAAUACACAUCCUCAAGUGAGGACGAAUGCAUAGAUGAACUUGGUAUGAACGCACCAUUUAUCUUUGAAGAAGGAUGUCAGUUCACCAACAACACACUUACUGAUCUGGACGGGAUUUGCUGGGACAGUUGGAAAUCAGUCAAUCCGUUUUCCCUUGAUGCCAUGAUUGGUCCACUUGAGCAAGAUAAAAGACCUACAGUUUCGGAGAGCAUGGAUAGUAUCACUGAGUCACCAAGUAACGAUGCCUCCCCUACAUCUUUAGGCAGGAUGGUUGGUCUGAGUCGUAGCAUGCCAAACAUGUCUGUUGGAUCAGGAAACACAGGUGCACCUGCUAAAAGCCCCAAAAUUCUUGAGGCGAUUCAUGAAUCCGUGUUACCAUUGCAUCUGGAGACCUCCAAUCAAUAUUCUUCUCCAGAAGAUUGUCUCAGCAUUCUACAGAUUCUCUGUGAUCAAAAGGAUGGCCAGCAAAAUACUCUGCAGGGGUUACCAGUACAACUUAACCAAGAGCCACGAAUCUCAUCAGCAGCAUCACAUAUCUCACCACAAACAUCACUGAUCUCACCAGCAAUGUCACAGAACUCACCACAAACAUCACAGAUCUCACCAGCAACAUCACAGAUUUCACUAGCAACGUCACAGAACUCAAAACAAACGUUACAAAUGUCACCAGUAACGUCACUAAGCUUACCACAGACUUCACAGAUUAUUUCAACAGCAGCAUCAUCAUCAGGAUUGAUGGCAUCAUUGCCCCAUAUACGAAUGAACUUUGACCCAGAAAAGGAUCCCGAUCCUGAUUGGAGACAGCUGGAAGCUAGUCAGCCUUACCUAAAGCAACAAUUUGGUUAUGGAAAUAAUGGAUCAAACCUGAGAUUACUGAAACGCAAGCUCAGUAGCGAUUUCAAUUCACCAAAUGCGAAAUUGUUUGCACAUUCCUCUGGUAACGGAAUGCCUGUGAAGAAAGAAUUUGAUUCAAAAUCAACAAUUUUUCCACAAC